AUGAAUGCACAUUUAAUUCGUACUUUCUCAGUAUCGAUAAGUCAUUUUUUUUUUCUUUUGCGAAUGGCCAAAAUGCAAAAACGAGAGCGAAAUGAUAGAUUUCCCAGCCGUACAGCACGACCAUUUCUGCUUCUUCUUGCCCUCUCCUUCUUUUCACGUUGUUCUUGCUUCUAUUUCAUUAAACUCAUCAGCUUUUUAGCAAGCUUCUCCUUAUUCUAUCCAUCCAUCCUUCCUUUCUUCUUUUUCUUCAUGUUAAUAUUUAUUUACAUUUCGCAUUCUAUUUCUCCUUCUUAUAAGUUUGUUUUUCAUUAUUCACCAUUCUUUCUGCUUCCGUGCCUUUCCUGUCGUCUGCUUUUUUACACCCGCCAUUGUUCGGCCAUCUUUUUUAUUCUAUUCUCUUUAUCUAUUGUACUUUCUUCCGUACUAUCUUUUCUUCAUUUCCUUCCUGCCUCUUUUCUCUGUCUUUCCCUUUCUCUCCAUCUUCGAUCCUUCUUCUCUUCGAUGCAACUCCCAUUUCCCUAUUCUCAUUACUCCCCCUCCUCCUCCUUCUUACAACCAGUCAGACAGUUUUGUACAUUCUUCUCUUCUUUUAGUAUUUUUCCUCAUCUAUCUAUUUCAGUCUGUUCAUAUCUAUCUAUCUAUCUAUCUAUCUAUCUAUCUAUCUAUCUGAUCUGCUCAUAUCUAUCUAUAUAUCUAUCUCAGUUUGUCCAUAUUUAUCUAUCACACUGUUCAUAUCAAUCUCAGUCUGUUCAUAGCUAUCUAUCUAUCUAUCUAUCUAUCUAUCUCAGUCUGUUUAUAUAUCUAUCUCAGUCUGUACAUACAUGUCUAUCUAUCUCAGUUUUUUCAUAUCUAUCUAUCUAUCUAUCUAUCUAUCUAUCUAUCUCAGUCUUUUCAUAUACAUCAAUCUCAGUCUGUUCAUGUCUAUCUAUCUAUCUAUCUAUCUAUCUAUCUAUCUAUCUAUCUACCUCAGUCUGUUCAUAUCCAUCAAUCUCAGUCUGUUCAUAUCUAUCUAUCUAUCUAUCUAUCUAUCUAUCUAUCUAUCUAUCUAUCUCAGUCUGUUCAUAUCUAUCUCAGUCUGUACAUAUCUAUCUAUCUAUCUAUCUAUCUAUCUAUCUAUCUAUCUAUCUAUCUCAGUCUGUUCAUAUCUAUAUAUCUAUCUAUCUAUCUCAGUCUGUUCAUAUCCAUCAAUCUCAGUCUGUUCAUAUCUAUCUAUCUACCUAUCUAUCUAUCUAUGUUAAUCUAUAA